GAGGAAGGCCCAGCUUUGCGAAAGCAUUUGCACAUGCUGGAUAGGCGGCGAGACAUCUGCACCAGCGGGAAGUCGCUUCGCAGCACAUACUUGUACGCGCUACCAUCGCAACCGCCCGCCAUGCACACGCUUGCUCAUACCCGAUUGCGCCAGAGCGAUCAGCAGCCACCCAGAAAGCGAACACAAACGGCCUAUCACGAGCAGAGUCGGCGCAGCUCGCAACUCCAGGAGCGUGGGCUGUACGAUGCACGAUGAUGCACUCGUAGUACAAACUAGGAGAAGAACGUCAAUGUCCUAGAGAAUGUGCACAUCGAGCUUCUUCGUUAGGCUACAGACGAU